AUAAGCUUUUUGAGGAUGGCGUUCAUGUUUACAACAACAAUCACUUGUGCUGUCAAGUCAGUUGAAAACUCAAUUCAAGGAACAAAGAGAGCUACUCAGUGUUUUUGCAAAAAGAAGACUCUCCAACAACGUGCUUUGAAACAGUUUUUCACAAAAAAAGAGCGCCAAAGACAACGCAAGUUUCCUACUUGUAUAGAUAGCAGCAUAUCGAGUUUCGAUCCUUCCAUCAAGGAGGCCUUAAACACUUUCAUUUCUCAAAAGAGGAAAGAAGAUGUACCUUCUUCCUAUGCCAGAUUUACAGCGGCAGACUUUGCCGUUGCUUCUGGCAUCUCCGUUGACAACGCAACUAAGCAGUUGUUGCGCAUUGCCAGUGAAGUGGAAGGUGCUUUGGAUGUGUCUGAACAAGGAGAAAUAUUGUAUAGAAUACCAGUCAACUUUGAAGCUAUCUUACAGCGAAAGUCGAUGUUGAAUAGCUUGCAAAAGUUGUGGCAGCCUGUCUGGUCUGCGUUGUUUUAUUUGGUACGCAUAUCGUUUGGAAUAUUCCUACUUGUUUCGUUGUUGAUCGUAUUGGGAGCUAUCAUAUUUGUAAAUAGUUUGAAUUCACGACAAAAUGAAGAUAAUCGUUCUUCUUCAUUUCAUUCUCCUCGCUUCUAUAUUGGACCCAGUAUUUCCGAUCUAUUUUACUUUUUUCGAGGUCCUUCCUACUAUAACUAUCAUUAUUAUCAGUAUGAAACUGAUAAUACUCCAAGUGAAAAUGGAAAGAGAAGAACAAAAGAAAACCAAAGUCAAAAAGAUGGACCUAAAGGUUUUCUUGAAGCGGCAUAUUCCUUCUUAUUUGGAGAUGGAGAUCCCAAUGCUGAUUUUGAAACGAGGAAAUGGAAAGCAGUGGCUUUUGUCAUUCGAGCGAACGACUGCGUAGUAACAGCUGAACAGUUAGCACCCUAUUUGUUGUGUAGUCAUGAUCAGGCUACAUCGGAUGAAAAUUCCAUUCUUGUGAAUGAGUCUUUUAUGAUACCUGCACUUGUUCGUUUUGGUGGUAUUCCUCAAGUAUUAGAAAAUGGUGAAAUAAUAUAUGUAUUUCCUGAACUACGAAAGACAGCCAAAAAUGUACAAAUCAUCUCAAAGUUACCUUCGUUUCCUGUGGAGAAGGAGAUUCCAUUUUCUCGAGCUUCCAGUACAGACUUAUGGAUGGUUGCCUUGAUAGCUUCUCUCAAUCUCGUGGGUUCUUUGACUUUAGGAAAUAUGUUCUCUUCACCACAAGUCGUGUCGUCAGUUUCCAGAGAAUUGGGGUUUUCAGUUGGUUUUCUUACAACAGCAUUCCAAGGCUUACUCUCUUAUGCCAUUGCAUUCUUGCUCGUGCCAUUAGCUCGUUGGUUAUAUAUUCGUCGUAUCAAUCGACAAAGAAGGAAGCGCAAUUCUAUAAGAGAAAAAGCUUUUCGUCUACUUGAAAAUAUGCCCGACUAUCUUCGAACCAAAGUACAAGCAGCCAGAAACAAAGCUUUAGGUUUAGAAUACGUUGGAAAGGAUCCCAUCAUCUAUGCUUCGGAUAAAGACUUGGCGGAACAGAUUCCUCACUUCCCAUCAUUAGAUGACUAAAAGGACGGAAAAUAUGGGAUGGAGCAUUCUUUCAUGUCUUUGGAUGAGUGCGUGCGAUGAGAUCGAUGGUUUCGUUUAUUUCGUGUUGUCUAUUACGACGAGCAACGUGUACUCAACUCUUUGGUAAACAAGCAGUGGGGUUAGUGAAAUGGAAUAAAUCCAUCCCAGUUUGCAGUUGGAAACUUGUCCCUCAUACCCUUUUUGCAA